UGUCCAGUUACGUCAGAGCUAUGGCUGGCUGUGGUAGCUGAAUGGAUUUGGAUUAGGAUUUUGGGAUAUGUGUGGUGCUUUGCUGACACAAACCGGCUGUGUGGAUGUUAUGGGGUGACAAACUGAUGGAAGACAGAAGACGUGAUGAAAGACAUUGAAUCAGAAGAAAUAGAAGAUGGCCCAUGCUCUCAGGUAUGAUGGUGCUGAUGAAGAUGUUGAUGAAGAAGAGGAGGCCCCCAUGAAGUCGAGUUUUUCUGUAGAAGACCUUCUAGAUGAGGUGGAAAAGAUCAGCAGUGCCCCGUCAGGAGGCAAAAAGGUAGAAAUUGUGGUGAGAUUGUGGAAAGAUGGUUUUACUGUGAACGAUGAGGAUUUUCGGAGCUACUCCUUGGAGGAAAACCAAGAGUUUCUUGAAGCUAUUAAGCGAGGGGAGUUGCCAUUGGAACUGGAAGGAAGAGCCGAGGAUGAGGAGUUGGAGGUCACUGUGGAGGACAUGAAAGAUGAAAUGUAUGUUCCAAGGAAGAAGGCCUUCCACCCCUUUUCUGGCAGAGGCUACAGGCUAGGCAGCGUGGCACCGAGAGUGAUGACCAGAUCUCGCUCAAUCCACGAGGACUGCUCUGCCCCUCCACUCCCUUCACUUGAGCUGGAUGAAGCCCUACCUACCACCUCUCUUCAAAUCUGGCUGGCAGACGGCCGGCGCCUGGUGCAGAGGUUUAACCUUUCUCAUAGAAUCAGCGAUGUCUACGGCUUUGUGGAGAAAGCCCAGAGGAUGAGUCUGCCGUUUGUUCUAGUCACAUCUCUGCCUUUUCGAGAACUGAAAGAGGAGGAUCGGAGUUUGGAGGAAGCUGACCUGACAAAUGCUGUUAUCGUCCAGCGGCCUCUUAACACACAAGCACCAUUUGGUCACUCCUGACCAAAACCAGCUAAAAGCCCUCUACCUUAAAGCAUGAACCCAUCUAUAACAAUGAGUGCAAAUACAUGCACCACAAUAACCUCUAUCAGAUUUCUGGCAGUUUUCAUGUCAUUUACAUGGCCACCUGAAGAUUAACAUAAAGCAGGACAUUGUACAAUUACUCAUUCGCCUAUAGUAUCAGUAUGAAGUUGCCAAUUCACCUACCUGUACAUUUAGGGGGGGGGGGGGAGUGAUUAUUUGGAAAAAAAAACUUUAAUUGAGGGCAGCAGUAGUAUUUACUUAUUUUUUUUAAUGUAUUUUUCUCCCCAUUUUUCCUCCCGAUUUAGCACAUCCACAGGCGUAUUAAGACCCACCCACCCUGCAGAUAUGGUGGCCAAUUAGUAUCUGCUGCAGGCACCGCCAAUUAUGCCUGCCAGAUGGUGCCCAGCUGACCGGGGGCAACACCGAGCCUCGAACCUGGGAGUUCAAAAACUCGGUGCUGGUGCGUGAGCGGAAUAUCUCGCUGCGCCACCUGGGCGCCUGCAGCAGUAGUAUUUGGAUCAAAAAAGACAGCUGACAAAGCAAGCACACAAAAUUUGUGCAUUUGUGAGGUCAGGCACUGAGGAUGUAUGAGAAUGCCUGGCUCAUAAUUCCUGCCUCAAGUUCCAGUUCAUCCCGAGAUGUUCAGUUGGUGUCAUUUUCGGGCUCUGUACUGGGCCCUCCAGUUCUUCCAUACCAAACGUAUCAAACCAUGUUUUUAUGGGCCUUGGUCUGUGCACAGGAGCACAGUCAUGCUGAAAUGCAAAAAGGCCUUCCCCAAGCUCCUGCCCAAGAGUUGGUUGCAUAUUGUCUGUGCCAUAUAGUUGAUUUUGUGUUUGAGAACGCAAGAUAUGGGGUGAGGGGAAACGCAGGGGAGGAGUGUAAAAAGGUGGGACAGGGGCAUAAUAUAGUUUAUAUCAGAAUACAUCGGCACAUACACACAAGUUUUACAGUAUUUCUGAUUUUAUCGUUCUCUACACAACACCAACGUUGCAUUGCAAAAAACAAUCCACACAAUCCAGGCCAAAUCCACUCAGAUUCAUUUAUUUUUUCUCUUUGAUUUUACGCUGCACAUCAGUGCAACUUUGAUCGCUCGCUACUUGUUGACGUGCAUUUUUGGAUGUGGUAUCAUUAAACCUUUCAUCACUUCUUGCGUUUGUUUUUGUGAUAAAACGUAGUUUGGGAGACCAGAGAAGCUCGUCUGCAAUUCCAGUUGGUGAUAGAUGGUGUAGUGUGAAACCCCCUAUCGCCGAUCAGUCAUGUAGUGUGAAAGCCACACCGACUUGAAAGACUCCCGAUUACAAGAGAUUCAGUCGUGUAGUGUGAACUUGGCAUUAGAUGUACGAAACAUGGGUAUGGCUGAAAGACCUGAAUAAUCAGGAGGAGUGUUGACAUACUUUUGUCUAUAUAGUGUAAUUUUUUCACUUCAUUGUCAUGUUUGACCUCUGCAUUAUCUUGGUAAGGGUCGGCAGAAUUCCUGGAAUCAUUGGGCGCAAUGCAGUAACACACCCCAAACAGGACACCAAUCCAUCGUGGGGCAUCGGGCACUCCCUUUCACCCCAGAUAUUGCCAAUCACAUCUAUAUGUAGAUGCAUGACCGGCCAAUAGCAUAAGUGGGGGUUUGAGCAUAAGUGCUGAGCGCCCCCUACAUAGUGAAUGUACUUUUCAAUGUAAAUGCACCCAACAGUGUUUCAAAUUAGAGGUUGGUCUGUGCCACCGGCCCAACGGGUCGCUCAGCAGACGCAACUGGCCAUGUCUGAGAAGAGGGAUAGGGAUUCACCUCUUUCUGUCUGAGGCCCCGGAGUGAAUAGCAGAAAAAUGUAGAGCUAGCAGUGUUCUGUUUUUUAUGUGCUCAUUAAGGAACAGAGGACUAAAGGAAUUUUUGGAAAGAAGUUUCAUCUUGAUCUUCAAAAUGUGGGCUAUACAUAUGUAUCAGUGGGCUAAUAUCCAUGUGCAAAUGCUGCAUAAAGCUUAAACACUAUAAAUACUAUAUAUUUUAUAGGUGCAGUUCAUAUAUAUAUCUGACUGUCAUUCUAUAUUCUUCCCUUGUUGGAUGCCUUGGCCUCCUCUGAUGCAAUUCAGCCACGUCUUCUAUAUUAGCAUUCAAUAUAUAUCUGGAAAAGUACUGUUUGAUAUUGUCUGGUACAAAUGACUACUGUUUAAAUACACCGUUCAACAGAGAUUUAAGCGUUGUUACCUCAAUAGUAAAUGAGCUGUUUUGUCUUGAAAGGUUUGCUGUUACGAAAAUCUAACUGGAAUUUAAUUGUGACUGGAGACAUCUACAUCUAGUACAUGCACUUUAACUGAGAAGUUCUGUUGUACAGAAACUCUGCGUGCAAUAAAUGUAUUAAUCAAC